AUGGGGCUGGGGCGGCUGCCGCCCAGGCUGGUGCUGGUGCUGGCGCUGGUGCUGGUGCCGGUGCCGGCCGUGGGGUCCCAGCCGCGGGAGCAGCUCCCCAGGGAGUCCCACAACCUCAACUGGAACAAGUUUUCAGGGUUCUGGUACAUUCUAGCCAUCGCCUCUGACACCCAAGGGUUCUUGCCGGGCAGAGACCAGAGGAAGCUGGGCGCAUCUGUGGUGCAGGUUCGAGAAGUGGGCCGGCUGAAGGUGGUCCUCGCCUUUAACAGGGUGCAGGGGUGCCAGUCACACACGCUCAUUCUGAGGAAAGACAGAAAGAAGGCCGUGUUCAGGAACACCCGUGCGUAGGGGGCCGGGGCGGAGGGGAGGCCGCGGGCGAAGGGAGUGCAGGGCUUCCGCGUGCUGUCCACCGACUACAGCUACGGCGUGGUCGACCUGCGCCUGGGGCGGGCUGCCCGGACCUCCAAGACCCUGCUGCUCUUCAGCAGACAGAACGUGUCCAGCUUCUCGAGCGUGAAAAAGUUCAUAGACAUAUGUGAGAUUCUGGAGCUCACCAGGGGGGCGACCAUCCUCCCGAAAGACGGUAAAGCACACGGGAGCGCCCGCACAGGGGCGGCGGGGGGUGAUGGGAGGUGACGACGCCGCCACUUCGUGAAGACCUGAAGCCACCGUGUAGGCCAGCCCAGCAUCCCACAGGGGGCGCUCGCACGGCCCUCUGCUCAGGCCCCUGCACUGUGGUUGGAGGACCGGCGGCCAAACGGCUUUGCCCCGGACUGGGGACGGGGGACUGGGGACGGGGCACGGGGCGCGGGGAACCGGGGAGAGUGGCCCGCGCGUCUUCUCCACCCUCCCCUCUCCCGCAGCCUCCUGUGCGCACACCAUCAUGCCGUGAGGCUGCCGCCCCACGCCGUCCUUCCAGCUGGAGCUGUGGUCCCCCCCUCUCCGCCCGCCCCUGAGCGGCGCCCCAGACUGCGGAUCUGGGGCGCAGCACGUGCUUUAUUCCCACUGGGUUCCCUUCCGUCAUGUGCCCAGUCGAGCCUGUGCCCGUUUUAAAUCCUGGAUUGCCGUCUUUUUCUAAAUGAGUUCUGGGAGUUCCUUACGUUUCAGACACGCGUUUUCAUCCCAUAAACACCUGGCAAGCGUUUUUUUCA